AUGGCGGACGAUCCGGACCCCGGGGAUCCCGGGGGCCGGGUGGGGGGCGGCCUUGACAGCGACGUGACGGGAGCCUUCGGGGGUGAAGGGGGGGUAAGCACAGUAGCAGCUGGUGGGUCGCUCCACCUAUUGACCGGUCACAAAAGACGGGGGGGGGCUGAGAGUGCGCUCCAGAGCCCACGCAUUCGUCGCCUCCACCACGAAGACCUUCUGUGCCUCUUUGGCAAACCAGCCAAGAGACAGUGUUGUGAAGCAGGCCGUUCCAUUUCAGUACUGACAUGCGGCCAACCUCUCGAAAACCCUCCCAACACCGGGUCUGACGGCGAUUACCCUGUACCUUCGGCCAUCAUCGGAGAAAGGGGGGGAGCAACAACCGAAAAGGGUCCAGUCGACGAGGCGGCGGUUGUACCACGGGUGGCAUCGGAGGUAGCGAGGGCAGCCUGGGAGGAACACCGUAGGCGCUUGCAACAACAGCAUGACACUCGCAGACGCUGCCUACCUGUGAGGGCAAUGUUGCACGGCGCCGGCUCGGCCGACACCGCAAUCCCCCCGGUCGUGCCACGUCUCGCAUGGCGGCAGGAGCGGAGGCGCCGGAGUGCGGCGGGGAAAGACAGGCAGCAGGAGCCACUAGUGGGGGGUCAGCGUGACCCGCAGGUGGGCGGGCAGCAGGGGGCCCGGGAGAGGAGCCGGCAGCCGCCGGUGGGGACGGGGCAGCAGGAGCUGCAGAGCGGAGGGCAGCAGGAGCUGCAGAGCGGGGGGCAGCAGCAGCUGCAGAGCGGGGGGCAGCAGCAGCUGCAGAGCGGAGGGCAGCAGGAGCUGCAGAGCGGAGGGCAGCAGCAGCUGCAGAGCGGAGGGCAGCAGCAGCUGCAGAGCGGAGGGCAGCAGCAGCUGCAGAGCGGAGGGCAGCAGGAGCUGCAGAGCGGAGGGCAGCAGGAGCUGCAGAGCGGAGGGCAGCAGCAGCUGCAGAGCGGAGGGCAGCAGCAGCUGCAGAGCGGAGGGCAGCAGGAGCUGCAGAGCAAAGGGCAGCAGGAGCUGCAAAGCGGAGGGCAGCAGCAGCUGCAGAGCGGAGGGCAGCAGGAGCUGCUGAGCGGAGGGCAGCAGGAGCUGCAGAGCGGAGGGCAGCAGCAGCUGCAGAGCGGAGGGCAGCAGCAGCUGCAGAGCGGAGGGCAGCAGGAGCUGCAGAGCGGAGGGCAGCAGGAGCUGCAGAGCGGAGGGCAGCAGCAGCUGCAGAGCGGAGGGCAGCAGCAGCUGCAGAGCGGAGGGCAGCGGGAGCUGCAGAGCGGAGGGCAGCAGGAGCUGCAGAGCGGAGGGCAGCAAGAGCCGGUUUGGGUGUUGGAUGUGGAGAUGGCGGACGAGGCUUGCACCGAUGAGCUGGAAUCAAGCCCCAUGGAGGGGGAGAAUGCCAACCCUGAUUCCCCGGACCAAGCGGAAAGGCCCCGAGCGCGGGGCCGGGGCCGGAGGCGACGGGCAACCAAACUGCAGCAGCUGCAGAGCGGAGGGCAGCAGCAGCUGCCGAGCGGAGGGCAGCAGCAGCUGCAGAGCGGAGGGCAGCAGCAGCUGCAGAGCGGAGGGCAGCAGCAGCUGCCGAGCGGAGGGCAGCAGCAGCUGCAGAGCGGAGGGCAGCAGCAGCUGCCGAGCGGAGGGCAGCAGCAGCUGCAGAGCGGAGGGCAGCAGCAGCUGCCGAGCGGAGGGCAGCAGCAGCUGCAGAGCGGAGGGCAGCAGCAGCUGCAGAGCGGAGGGCAGCAGCAGCUGCAGAGCGGAGGGCAGCAGCAGCUGCCGAGCGGAGGGCAGCAGCAGCUGCAGACCGGAGGGCAGCAGCAGCUGCCGAGCGGAGGGCAGCAGCAGCUGCCGAGCGGAGGGCAGCAGCAGCUGCAGAGCGGAGGGCAGCAGGAGCUGCAGAGCGGAGGGCAGCAGGAGCUGCAGAGCGGAGGGCAGCAGGAGCUGCAGAGCGGAGGGCAGCAGGAGCUGCAGAGCGGAGGGCAGCAGGAGCUGCAGAGCGGAGGGCAACAGCAGCUGCCGAGCGGAGGGCAGCAGCAGCUGCAGAGCGGAGGGCAGCAGGAGCUGCCGAGCGGAGGGCAGCGGCAGCUGCCGAGUGGAGGGCAGCGGCAGCUGCAGAGCGGAGGGCAGCAGGAGCUGCAGAGCGAAGGGCAGCAGGAGCUGCAGAGCGGAGGGCAGCAGCAGCUGCAGAGCGGAGGGCAGCAGCAGCUGCAGAGCGGAGGGCAGCAGCAGCUGCCGAGCGGAGGGCAGCGGGAGCUGCAGAGCGGAGGGCAGCAGCAGCUGCAGAGCGGAGGGCAGCAAGAGCCGAGCGGAGGGCAGCAGGAGCUGCCGAGCGGAGGGCAGCGGCAGCUGCCGAGUGGAGGGCAGCGGCAGCUGCAGAGCGGAGGGCAGCAGGAGCUGCAGAGCGAAGGGCAGCAGGAGCUGCAGAGCGGAGGGCAGCAGCAGCUGCAGAGCGGAGGGCAGCAGCAGCUGCAGAGCGGAGGGCAGCAGCAGCUGCCGAGCGGAGGGCAGCGGGAGCUGCAGAGCGGAGGGCAGCAAGAGCCGAGCGGAGGGCAGCAGGAGCUGCCGAGCGGAGGGCAGCGGCAGCUGCCGAGUGGAGGGCAGCGGCAGCUGCAGAGCGGAGGGCAGCAGGAGCUGCAGAGCGAAGGGCAGCAGGAGCUGCAGAGCGGAGGGCAGCAGCAGCUGCAGAGCGGAGGGCAGCAGCAGCUGCAGAGCGGAGGGCAGCAGCAGCUGCCGAGCGGAGGGCAGCGGGAGCUGCAGAGCGGAGGGCAGCAGCAGCUGCAGAGCGGAGGGCAGCAAGAGCCGGUUUGGGUGUUGGAUGUGGAGAUGGCGGACGAGGCUUGCACCGAUGAGCUGGAAUCAAGCCCCAUGGAGGGGGAGAAUGCCAACCCUGAUUCCCCGGACCAAGCGGAAAGGCCCCGAGGGCAUAGGGCGGCAAUCAGGGAGCGGUUGGAGAAGUUUUGGGUCGGGGAGUGGCGGGAGCUGUUUGAGUUGGCGGUGGCGGUAAUGCAACCUGCGGCGCGUCCUUUGUCCUUCACCACCCCCGAGCAUGAUCCUGAUGCGCAUCGCUCAGCCCUCUCAGCACAUGGUGGACGCGCUGCGAGCGAAACACCCAUCGAGCGAGACCGCCAUUCCGGAGUGGUUGCAGGAGGAGAUAGUUGA